GCCGUCAAACCAACUCCAAAUCUGCAAAUCACAAUUUUUUGCUCGCCUCCUCCUGUGUUGCUUGUCCAAUCAUUUGUCAGGGAUCUAAUUAAGCUCUCCGAUUACAGAUUCAAUGGAAACGAAGCAAUCUGAAAGAGAAGAACUUUCGCCACUGCAAGCUGUCUUGGUUGGCGCUCUAGCUCCAGGCGUCAAUGCUCCAACUUGGAAUGCUUUGAAGAUUGCAUUCCUGAUGCUGGCAGUGUGCCUGGCUGCUAUGCUGGGAUUGGCUUUCUCUUCAAGUGACUAUAUGUUGACUCUCCAUGUGACUUUCCUUGUUUUUAUAACUGGGAGCCUUUUCUGUAUGCUUUGCAGGUUUCUUGCCGAGACUGGUUUGGUUUCCCCUGAACAUCAAAUGCAGGAAAUAGGCUUAGCACCCAAAGAUGAUGCAGAUAAAUACAAGAGCAGUUGAAGUUUUUUGAAUUUGAAAUUUUGAGGACAAAUUCUUGUGAAAAAAUAGAGUACGCGCACGACUACUACAAGCAUACAUUUAUAUAAGGGAGGAAAUGAAAUGAACCUUUAAGAACAUUUCUGAUCGGUACCCAUUCCCAAAGCAUCUUAUCCUGAGUGGGUGAGUGGCUGCCUUAUUCUCACUUUGGUACUUUCUCCUUGUAGCAGAAUCAUUAAACAAAGAGUGGUAGUUGAAGCAAGGAUAUGCCUUUUCUUUUGAGCCACCCAUUGAUGUUCUGUUGAGAGUUAUGAGACCACUUAGUACCACUUUGAUCGGAUUUUAAGCAUUCUAAACAACCUGUGAAUCAUGCUUCUUAGUCUUAUUGGGGCAUGUCAUUUGUUGGACAGAUUGCUUUUCGUGGACGACUGGACGGGUGUUCCGCCUAAUUGUAUUGUAGAUGCUUCAUGUACCGAUCUUGGGAGUAAUAUGUAAGUUUAUUAUUUAAAGAAUAAGGUAGUGUACGGUUCUUAAUGUUGAAACUCCUACCUUUUUUCAGGUUAAUCAUUUCAUUGGCUAUGGUGAGAUAACAAUUUUUUAUCUUUCGAUAAUUGUAACAAUCUAUAUCAAUAAAUAUGCUAGUUGUGCCACGCGCAUUGCGCAACGGGAAGAUGUCCAUUAUGACUUCAGUAGUGUUUUCAUGAUUUGUUCUUGGUUGGUACUAUUUUAUGUAUAGUAUGAACUGGCGCACACAAAUGUUGUUGGAUUGAACACACCAUAGUUAUUGAAAUGAAUAAGUUAAACA